CCUUUUCGAAUAUUACGCCAUCUAGCGGAAGUUGAAAAUUUUAAAACGAAUAAAAAAGGAUUAUAGCUAUAUAUUUGUAUAAAUAUUUAUGUAUAUAUAUAACAAAAAACAUCUAUUGUGGAUGAUAGCUUGAAUAAUUAUUCCGAAAUGGAUCAGGAAGAAUCAAUAGCGAUAAAUGGAGCACUUCAAAAAGACGAUGAAAUAAGAAGGAAUCAUAAAAAACGUACCAAGGAUUGUUUUUUACUAUUUUGUGAGGUAGUCUUACAGCACGAAAAAGAACUUUUAAGUGAGACUUUAAGAUCAUCACAAGAGUUACUUAACGAAAAACAAAUACCAGACAAGCAGAGGAGUAAUGGAAUUGUUGAUAAUAAUGCAGCCAUUAAUUUUGAUACUGACCGUGAUAUUUAUAAAGAAGAAAGUAGUGAGGAAACUGAAAGUCCUGGUGACAGUUUCAAUUCAGUGACAUGUUUUUGUGGGAAACCUUUUGCUGGGCGUCCCAUGAUAGAAUGUUCGGGCUGCCUCACAUGGCUUCAUAUGUCUUGUGCAAAAGUUAAACGCAAGAAUAUUCCAGAAUUUUAUUACUGCGAUGGUUGCAAAGAUAAUGGAUUUCUAUCGCCUUCAAGUAACAAUGUGAAGCUUUCGUCAGUUUCCUCUGGCGAAGAAGUAAUUAUGGAUAUUCCUAAAAAUAAUUAUCAACAAGAUGCUAUGAAUUCAAAAAACACAAGUUCUGAUGGUUUCAUUGCAAGAAAUCAAAAUCAAAACCCAACUAUCACAAAAAAAAACAAAAUUAAAAAAUCAAAGAUGAUAAAAAGAAAACUGAACUCCAGUUUAUUGAUGAGCACUAAUGAUUAUAAUGUUAAGAAUAAUUCUAGUGAUACUGAGUAUUUGUCUGGUGUCAGUUUAAAGCGAAAAUUAAAGAAAAUACAUCAUAAAUCAAAUGCAACAACGAAAAAAAGUCAACCAAAACUAACAAUAUCAAAUGCUUAUACAAGCACAGUUGAAACAACAGUUCCAUCGCUUACAGAGUUCUCAAUAAACCAUCAAGUCUCGACAGUAAACAAUAUAAUGUAUUCCAAAGGAGAUGAGGACUACGGAAAUUCAUCAGUCAAAUUAUUGAAAAAAAUACCUAUUCUUACAAAUAAUAACAUUUACAACAAUGUUUCUGAAACUCAUGGAAUUGUGAGCACUGCAACUAAUGCAGACGGAAUUAACAAACGCCUGAAACUGCUUUAAUCAAUGGAAAAGGGAUUUUUUCUUCUCUGAGCUCUUAUUUGAAUCAAACGGAAAAACGAAAAAAAUAAGAAUAAAGUAUGCAUCUGGUAAAUUCUUCCACUAGAAAUCUCCAACAACUCAAAGUCGCUUUAUCAUAUGAGGAUAAAAUGGGUAUUUAAACAAAGUGAAAAGAGCCAAAAUUCCUAUUUCGUAUGAAAUUAAAAAAAAAAGUUUCAGCAUGUUAGUUUUUAUAAUUUGUUCUUAACUCAGUCGUGAGUUUGUAUAAUUUGAACCUGUAAAGUUAAAUUGAAAAUAUUAAUUUUUGUUGAUAAAAUUGUCCAAAACUGUUUUUGAUAUUUAGGAUUGAGAUAGUUCUGUGUCAUUUUAUGAGAUCUUUUUAAUAGUAGGUACUUGAGUCACAACUGUGGAACCUUUUUUUAGAAACCUAUGCUAACAGUCGUAUUCUUUAAAAAAGAUAAUAAUAAUAAAAACAUUUUAAUUUAGAAUAUGUUCGCUGGGAAUUAAAUCUUUUUGUGAAUAGCAAAAUCAGUCCAAAUUGAAUUUCAAAUACAUUUGUAUGAGAUAUUUUGAAUGAAAAAUGUAAUCCUUGCUAGGAGACUGUGAAGAUAUCGUUGCCCUGUUUGUUCACAAAUCAUUUUCGUAAUACAAGAAAUCAAAAUUUAUUAAGUGAACAUUGUUUGUCGUUUGAAUCUUUUAACAUUUUUGCGAACAAGCAUGCCCAGCAACUCUUUUUGAAUUUUCACAUACAAUUUUUGCAUACAAUUUUUCUAAGCCUAUACAAAAUGCGCUCACUAGAUAAAAAAUCUAUAAAUAUCAAUACAAAUCGAUUGAAAAAUUAUUGUUCGCAAAGCUGAACGUUUUCAAAAUCUGAGCGAGAAAAUGUAAGUUUUUAUGAUUUUCUUGAAGGAGACUCUAUGGUUUAGGUUCAAAAGUCAAUAAGCUCUAACUUUCAAAAACCUCCACGAUAUAAAUUCUUCGUUCGUCCGGAAUAAGAAUUUAAUUUUUUUGUUUUAGUGAAG